AUGUGGCUCGUUGCCGGGUGGGCUGCUUACUUGGGCGCCUGGUCUGCCGCGGUCCUGCUUGCCGCAGCUAUCUGCACGUGGGCCUUUGGUGCCGGCCUCCUCCGCGUAGUGUGGGUCUCCCCUUUUGUGCCCCUCCUCUUGCCCAACCCUCGUGGCUGGCGCCUGCUCCUGGCUCGCACCCUGCCGCCACGUCAGCGUGACGCGGCCACCGCCCCAGACACCACCGUACAUCGUGGGUGGGGCCACGGCUGGGGCUGGGCCGGAUGGCGCGGCGUGUGGCUCGGCAGCUGGCUCGGGGCGGCCAUGUCCGGCCUGGGCUGGUUUGCGCGCCGGUCGCUCGUGGCGGCCCUGCGCGACGGCGCCCGGGCCAGCAACGCGACCCUGGCCGGCAUCGUGCGGCUCAACGCCCACACCACCUUCGGCCGCCGCUACGGCUUCGAGGAGCUGAUGGCGCCGCUGGCAUCGGCGACGGCGGCGACGGCGGCGAGCAAGGUGGCGGCAGAGAGGGAGGUGGUGGAGGCCUUUAAGGUGGCUGUGCCGUUGGCAACGUAUUACGACCUCGCGCCGUGGGUGGCUCAGGUCGCCGGCGGCGAGCAGAACGUACUCACCUCCGAGUCCAUCAUCCAGUUAGGGGUGACGAGCGGGACGUCGUACAGCAAGAAGCAGCUGCCCGUGACCCAGCGCCAGAAGACCAACUUCUUCUUCAAGGGCAUCGCGCCCUUGUUCGACGUCCUCUUCACCCACUUCCCGCAGGCCCGCGGCCUCCAAAAGAGCCUCAAGAUCAUGUUCCAGCCCACCUACUCCACCAGCCCGGGCGGCAUCAAGGUGGGGGCCAAUAGCAGUGCGCCGAGCGACUCGCCGACCCUGCUGAACAUGUACACGACGCCGCCGGUGGCGUACGAGAUCAUGAGCGAGCCCGACCUGCUCUACGUCCAUCUCCUGUUCGCCCUCAAGGACGAGUAUCUGGGGAGUCUGGAGGCCAACUUCGUAAUGCUCAUCCACCACCUCUUUGUUCGCAUGGAGAAACAGUGGAGGCAAGCAGUCGAGGACAUUGAAAGGGGUCGUGUGAGCGCGAAGGUGCAGAUGCCCGACCACGUGCGAAGGCAGCUGGAGGACUACAUGGCCGGGCCGGACGUGAGCCGCGCACGCAUGCUCACUCGCGAGUUCGAGGCGGGCUUCGAGGGCAUCGCGCGGAGCUUUUCGCUCUACGCCGAGCGGGCGAGGUACUACCUCGGGGACGUGCCCAUCUACUCCCCACUCUACGCCGCCACCGAAGGGCUGCUCGGUGUGAACCUUGAUCCAAAGGGGAGCGCGUACUACCUGGUGCCCUCUAAUAUGUUCAUCGAGUUCAUCCCCCUUGACCACUGCGACCAGGAGCAGCCGCCCACGCUGGGCAUGGACGAGGUGGAGGCCGGCCAGAGCUACGAGCUGGCCGUCACCACCGCCUGGGGCCUCUAUCGCUACCGCCUCGGUGACGUCGUCCAGGUGGUCGGCUUCUUCGAGGACGGCGACGGUCGACGCGGCGCACCGCUGAUCGAGUUCGGCUACCGACUCGGGCAGCUGCUCAACGUGCGCGGCGAGAAGACGUCGGAGCGGGCCAUGGCCGAGGCCCUCCGCCACGCUAGCGCGUUGGAGGCGUGGCGCGGGCGCGGCGCGGGCCUGGUGGACUACUGCUGCGUGGACCCGGCCAUUCCGCGUGCGUCGUUCCUCCCGCCGCGGGGCGAGAGCGACGACGACGAUAACGAAGAUGAACAGCCACGUGCGCCACACUACGAUCUCUUCGUCGAGCUCGAAGAGGAGAACGAAGCGAAGAACACAAAGAACGAAUACGACGAAGAGCUCUGGGCGCGGAGGGCGGAGGUGGUGGACGAGGAGCUGUGCCGCAGCAAUCCGAUCUACAGGUCCUUCCGGGUGAAGAACGGCAUCGGACGAGUGGUGGUUCACGGCGUGCGUGCGGGCACAUUCGAUGAGUUGCGGGCGACGAUCCUGCGCAACGGCGCGCCGCCCAACCAGGUCAAGGUGCCGCGCGUCGUACGCGACCCGUCGCAUCUGGCGUGCCUCGCUCGCGGCCUCCUCGUCACCGCCGCGGCCGCAAACUGA